AUGUCACAUCACGGUUCGGAUCCUGACCUCCACCGGGCCAUCUCUCUUCGACCCAGUCCAUUUCACACGCACCCUGAGCUCUCGACUCGGACUACUCAACUUCCAGCAGGAGUGCUUCCUGUUCUGCCCCUGCCGCAGACCAAGCCCGGAGCUAGUAAUAGCACCUCGUACGAGGUUAACGAGUCCCAUGACCCCGUCUCACGCCCCGCAUAUACUCGCAACGCCAGUGGAGCUGAAGAUGUAGAGGGCCAACCUCUCCCGAAUUACACGUCGGACAAUGACCCGCUCGAUCUGUCAAGCCGCAUCAAGAGCGCUACACAGCUGGACGCCAUGCAGGCAAACACGUCUAGGAGACGACAGGGUGCCAAGGAUCGCUUCUGCGCCCCUAUUGCUCAGACAAAGGAUGCUGUCCAGCUGCGCAAAGUCCGCGGCUUCUACGAGGGUCAGAACGAGGCCAUUGAAAGAAUGUUGAAACCCGUCGAUGACCACAGAAGAGAAGCCAAAGAAGAAGCUGGUGCCGACAAUCUACAGUACAAGAUUGCUGUCUACGGCUCCUUCGCCGCGAACGUGGUCUUGGCUGGCCUUCAGAUGUACGGCGCGGUCUCUUCAGGCUCUCUCUCCCUGUUCACCACAACCGCUGAUGCUGUCUUUGACCCGUUAGCCAACGCUACUUUACUUCUGUGUAACCGAGCUGUCAACCGAGUUGACCCCCGCAAGUUCCCUGCCGGAAAGGCGCGCAUUGAGACUGCAGGAAACAUCUGUUUCUGCUUUCUCAUGUGCAGUGUCUCGUUUAUUCUGAUCGUCCUUUCUAUCAUGGAACUGGUUCGAGGGUCUGAUGCCGAGACAAAAACUUUCCACCUUCCGGCUGUUCUUGCUGUGUGCGUUGCCUUUGCUACGAAGCUGGUGCUGUUCAUGUAUUGUUGGUCUUUGAGAAACAAGUAUUCCUCGGUCCGCAUCUUGUGGGAAGAUCACAGAAAUGAUCUUUUCAUCAACGGGUUCGGUGUCUUGACAUCCGUAGGAGGUAGCAAGCUCGCUUGGCAAAUCGAUCCCGCUGGAGCAAUUGCACUCUCGUGUCUAGUUGCUUUCCUGUGGCUUCGCACCGCUUACUCAGAGUUCCAGCUUCUGAUUGGAGUCACCGCUCCUACCCACAUUCUGCAGUGGAUCACGUAUAUAUCCAUGACACACAGUCCGGAUAUCGUCAGUCUGGACACCGUAAGAGCUUGGUACUCCGGUCCUAGAAUCACUGUGGAAGUCGACAUCGUUCUCCAGCCAGGAAUGACGCUCAAAGAGACCCAUGAUAUUGCAGAGGAUCUGCAAAACAAGCUCGAGAAUCUGCCUGACGUCGAGAGAGCGUAUGUCCACAGCGACUACGAAACCGAGCACAGAGCAGAGCACUUUUUGAAAAAGGAACUCUGA